GUGAUCGCAUUUUUUUUCUUUCACAAAUUGCUUCCUUUGAUGAACGAAGACGAGCCUUCCUUGAAGCGUCUGAAAGAGUUGAGACAAACAUACAGCGAAUGUGUUUUCAGCGGAAGUUGGAUAUUCACGGUGGUAGGAUUACUCGCUGCGCUUCCUCUUGGAUUGCGUUGGAAAAGUUACAAUCCUUUAGUAGUUGGUUUCCUUGCCGGAGGAGCAGGAGACUUGUAUAGAAGUUACCAUUACAUAUGUAGUCCACUGAGAGACAAGAUUAAACAAAUGGAAGAGCAACUCCACGAGGAUUGAGUCAACUGUCUUUCCUUAUUUGACCUACAGUUCAACGUCAAAAUUUUUACAAUUUUGGUUACCUUUCAUUCUCCCCAGAGAAGAGCAAUAUAGAAUGAAUAAGUAGUUGAAGCUUGAGUCAACAAGACGGAAAUGAAAAGUUUCCUUACAAGUAUCCAUAAUGAGAAACAAAAUAAAUAGCACCCAUUGAAUAGAUUCUCGAUUCAUUUUCUUUUGACAGG